CUCAGCGUAGAGAACUAGCAUAUUUGCGAAUCUCGAUGUGUAACUCUAGAAAGCUGUGCCAAAGCUGUCAGUGUCUAUACGACUAUACAAGAGGCUUCAGUAUUAGUUUAAUUCGUUAAUAGUCGGAACACGUACACUUUUCAAGUUAUUCUUGGUGAAAAAUUCGAUGAAAUAUUAAAAAGCGCCACAAAAAAUCGAAGUGCUAGUUAAAACUUUGUAGUAUCCUUUCGUAUUGAUUAAAGUCUAUUUUGGAUUCGAAAUGUUAAGGUUAACGCGCAACACACUCUCCCGGGCUUGCGGCCUCCGUCGUUCUAUCCGUUGGCCGGAGACCAAUUCCCGUAGGUACGCCUCGCAGGCAAUCAACCAGAUGCUGCAUUUGCAGCAGAUGGAAAUCUGCGCGGAUCCUCCAUCGCGUGGAUUGGUCAUAGGCGUAUUCGCGGACGAGGAAGACAAGAACGACGCCGGCAUCCUGACGCCCACAGGCUGGCGGUAUAACCUGCAGAAGACCAACGGCCGGUUGCUGGAGGUGCUUCGGAUGUCCGGACCCAUGCCAAAGCGAGGCGAGACCCGUCUGUUGUUCGCCAUCGAGCCAGAGCGCAUUCCCUACUACUCGGCGGUGGCGGUCAUUGGGCUAGGCAAAGAGUGUCUGGGCUACAAUCCCUACGAGGUGCUUGACGAACAGAAGGAGGCCAUACGACGCUCAGUGGCUGACGCUUGUCGCAUUCUCGCCGAACUGGACACGGACCGCAUUGAAGUAGAGAACUGCGGCCAUGCCGAAUCUGCGGCCGAAGGAGCUGCCCUAGGCAUCUGGAUCUACCAGGAGCUGCGAGAUCCCAAGCGGCGAAUUUCUGUACCCUCCAUCGACCUGUACGCUAACAAGGACGAGAUCUGUGACAUCGAGGGCUGGCGUAUCGGCCUGCAAAAGGCAGCCGCCCAGAACCUGACCCGCCAACUCCAGGAGAUGGCCUCAAACCUGCUCACUCCCACCGCCUUUGCCCAGAACGUCGUCGAGGUGCUCUGCAAGUCCGGUGUCAAUGUGGAGGUUAAGGUUGAGGGCUGGGCGGAGAGCCAGUCCAUGCACGCCUUCCUGGCCGUGGGAAAGGCCUCCUGCGAGCCCCCAAUCUUCCUUGAGCUGAGCUACUACGGCACCUGUGCCGAGGAGCGACCCAUCGUGCUGGUGGGUCAGGGCGUGACUUACGAUGCUGGUGGUCUUUGCCUGAAGGACAAGCAUGAACUCUUCCAUAUGCGAGGCGACAUGACCGGAGCAGCGGUGGUGGUGGCAACGUGUAGGGCGGUGGCUGGACUCAGAUUACCGGUGAACAUCCGCGGUCUAAUUCCCCUGUGUGAGAACGUCAUCGGCUGCAACUCCUUCCGGCCCGGCGACAUGGUCAAGUCCAUGAACGGUAAGACCAUCGAGGUUCAGUGCACGGAUCACGAGGAUGUCCUAGUGUUGGCCGAUGCACUGCUUUACGGACAGAACUUCUGUCCCAAGUGCAUCAUAGAUAUUGGCACCUGUUCGGGAUACAUGCGGCAGGCUCUGGACGAAGCCGCCUGCGGUGUGUUCACCAAUUCUGAAAUCCUGUGGCAGCAGAUCAAGCACGCGAGCAUGCACACUGGUGACCGCGUGUGGCGUCUUCCCUUGUGGAACUACUACAGCAAGGCGGUGCGAGCCGGACAGCGCAGUGAUGUCCAGAACUACGGCGUUGGCCGCGGUGGACGUCCUGCAAAGGCCGCUGCUUUCCUGCGCGAAUUCGUCCCCUGCGGCCAGUGGAUGCAUAUAGAUGCCACCAAUGUGAUGAUUACACGAGGAGACGAAUUUGAGUAUUUGCGCGAGGGCAUGGCUGGACGUCCCACAAGGACUCUCAUUGAGUUCAUUGCGCAGACGAUUUGUAAGGAUACGGCUCCAAAGAUGGGCAAGUGAUGCUCCUUCGAAUGGGGUUAUACUAGCACUUUCUGCAAGACCAGACGUACAUCAUGUUAUUUUACUGACUACUGACUACUGAGAAACCUAGAACAUUCAGAUUUUGUAAUUGGGACAACACGAUGUUAAAAUUACUUGGUUUUAAUGACAUAUAAAAAUCAAACAGUUAUAUAAAAAGUAA